AUGAUAAAGACAUUAUUAGAAGUACGACAGUUACCUKCACGAGCCAGAAUCAAAGCCAUUUCACUCUCAAGAGAUCGGUCCUCUGAAAUACCGUAUACCUCCGUACAACACGAAAGAGCUCCACGAACUGGUCACUACAAGCAAGGAACACAGAAAUCACAAAACAGUGACAAGCCUUUGAAGCGCAAGCACGCUGAUACCGAAGACAUCGAGAACGACCCAAGCCAGAUAAAACUCCCCUCUAAAAAGGAAAACUUCCGACAGGAUUCGCCUUCUUCUCCGAAAUCUCCCUAUCUGACAAGCCAGGAAAAUUUUUCAAUGGAAAAAAGAUUUCUUGUGAGGUCUUCAGACGGCAAGGAAUUAACACCUGUUACCAUAGCAACAAACCUGUCCCCACCACCCACCCCGCAGUAUGGUAACUAUCCCUUCAUGUACAUGGCCUCCCCAGAAAUGAUUUAUGAAUCAGCCGUCAGGAUAUUACACAUGACAGUCAAGUGGGUGCGCAAUAUUCCUACCUUCCUGGACUUACCAUUUCGUGACCAGGCUAUUUUACUGGAAGAGAGUUGGUCUGAGCUUUUCAUCUUGAGCCUGGCUCAGUGGAACAUGGUACUAGAUAUGGGUUCUCUUAUCGCAGCUGCUGCGGGUAACGGCCACGACUCUCCAGAUGGUAUGGCAGCCAGUAUCAAUGAUAUCAGAACGCUGCAAUACAUGGUAUCAAGGUUCAGAGCAGCCAAUAUUGAUCAGACUGAGUUUGCAUGUCUUAAAGCUAUUCUACUUUUUAAGCCAGACAUCCGGGGACUUCGUUCUUCUCGAGACGUAGAAUAUCUCCAAGACCAAGCGCAAAGCAUGCUGGGCGAAUACGACCGAGUUAAUUACUCGGAUCAGCAAGUUAGGUUUGGUAAACUGCUUAUUACAUUACCCAUCUUAAAGUCCCUAUCAAGUAAGGCCGUGGAACAGAUCUUUUUCCGUGGCACACUGGACUCCAUUCCCAUGGAGAGAUUGCUGUCUGAUAUGUUUAAGUCUUGUUGAAAAUUCUUCUAUUACGACUGAGAGAAAGUUGUCAUUUAAAAACAAAACAAAUUAUAUAGAAGACAAAAUAGCGCAGAAAGAUUGCGCAAUAGCCCGUGCGCAACGAAAGAAGAAAACGAAGAGGUAUAAACAUCAAAGACGGACGAAUGUAUAGAUCUUCUGACUUGAAAGAAGAACUAGAAAGAGGAUUAAAAAAGCCUUCUACAGCCCAAUGGGCUUUAAGAAGAAAACGUUUUUCUUACUAUACGCCAAGACAGCAUUACAUGAUCAGUUCGAUGUUUUCUCCAUUCCUUUGAGUACAUUUAAAAAGAAAAAGAUCUGUUGCAUCCAAUAGCGCCAAAUUUAAAAAAAGAUGAAACGGAAGGAAGAUGCCAAUUGUUGACAUUGGAAAAACUCACCAUACCAAGCAGGGCUUGGCAGAAGUAAAAUGCAUGAUUCAACAGCUGGUCUGAUUAUUCGCAGAUGGAUUUUGGAGUUCAGUUACUGUUUUAUACGACUACACGGGCAGGCACCAGUUUCUUGGAUAAGGAAAAGUGCGCAUAUAUGAAAUGUUGGACAAACCAAAUACAAGCAAUUUAGAAGACAGUUUUCUGAGUAAUGUCAAGUCUAAAACUGGCAAGAAUCAAUCUGGGAAUAAAAAAGCACAGCUUUAUUUCUUCUCAGUUCCCUCCCCCCCCUUUUAAUUUCCAAAAUGUUGCACACAUUUGACAACCUUCAGUAUAAAAUAAAUUUAAAGUAAUUAUUAUAAUAAUGUACAGUUAGAUUAAAUAUAAUUACAAGCUAAAAGAUUUUAUCUAUCAUAUAUAUUUAUGCUGUAGGAUUAGAAUGCAAAUCGUAGAUCGUAGUUUAAGUUCAGGCUAUUUUCCAAAGAAGGAAGCCGAAAACUUCUUCUAAAGAGACGGAACGUUCAUAAGGGGAGUGGUUUGAAGCAAAAAGAAAGGUCUUAGAAGUAAUAUAGCGGUGGAGUGGGGUGGGGUAGAGGAAUGUUAAUCGAGCAAAAUUAACUAUAUCGACGCAGGGUGUAGAGCAGGGGAGUGRUCAGUAAAGGUCGAAAAAUACAUCACGCCUCCAUCCCACAGUAAUAAAUGUCCGUCCCUGAUUUUUUUUGUUCCGCACGUUUUUGAAAUGAUUGACAGCAACUGUUACAAACUGUUUAUUUGUUUCACGGGUAGAAAGGAAUCAUUUUUAAGGCCGCGUUUACACCAAAACAUAGGAUAAUGACAUUUUGCUAGGGGGGCCUCUUUGUUUGUCCACAAGGAAACUUGUGUCUAGUAAUCGCACUUUUUUACUUKCAAGAGAGUGUGAGGUGUGCGUUCAUUUAUAGCUGCCCAUUAGAGCUUACUAUCUCAACACGAGAGUCUAUUUAACCUCUAUGUUCUUGUGUUUCUGCCACUAACACUAUUUUAAAGGUCUGGGAUAGAGCAAAAACUGGGAAGCAAAUCAAUCCCCUCCCCUCACCUUCCCUCUCCUUUCCUUUCCCUUCCUCCCUGCUCCCUCCCUGCUCUGCUUUUUAAACUUACCAAAAACUUUAAAUAACGCUGUUAGCUACUUCACAUUUAUUUACAAAAAGACAAUAUCUCAAGUAAAUCAAUGAUUCAGGUUUUUUAUUUUUCAUUAAUUUAUUAUAUCUGUUAUAUUAUUCUAAUAUAAUCAAAUAAAAGGAUAAUGUUAUGCAGGCUCAUAACGACAUAAA